CAUACAUUGUCUCUCUUUAUCGUAUUCACAGGCAAUUGCAUAUGCAGUUAUACCCCGGAUGGACGGCCAGAGAUAACUAUGCGGCCAAUGCCAAGAAGAAGAAGAAAAAACGAGACAAGAAUAGUGACGGAGAAGGAGGAGCGUUGAAGAAAUGUAGGGCCAGAUUCGGUUUAGAUCAACAAAAUAAUUGGUGCAAACCGUGCAGGAGAAAAAAGAAAUGCAUUCGUUAUUUAGACGGCGGCGACACCGCCGGCGAGAGUGAAGACAAUAUCGGAAGUGUGGACAGCAUUGAG